CAUCGCGGCUCCCCCGUCACCGCAUCCUGCUCCGCCUCGGUGCUUCGGGGCACGGAGUUCGGUGCGAGCCGAGUGGUACGUUCCGCUCGCCGCGGCGCCGGCGCUGGGCGGGACCGGCCCCACGCCUCUUCCUCCGCGCCCGGCCGCCGCCAUGAGCAUGCUCCGGCUCCAGAAGAGGCUGGCCUCCAGCGUCCUGCGCUGCGGCAAGAAGAAAGUGUGGUUGGAUCCCAAUGAGACCAACGAGAUCGCCAACGCCAACUCCCGGCAGCAGAUCCGGAAGCUCAUCAAGGAUGGGCUCAUCAUCCGCAAGCCCGUGACCGUGCACUCGCGAGCCCGGUGCAGGAAGAACACCCUGGCCCGGCGGAAGGGCCGGCACAUGGGCAUCGGUAAGAGGAAGGGCACAGCCAACGCUCGCAUGCCCGAGAAGGUGACCUGGAUGCGGAGGAUGCGGAUCCUGAGGCGCCUCCUGCGCAGAUACAGGGAGUCCAAGAAGAUCGACCGGCACAUGUAUCACAGCCUGUACCUCAAGGUCAAGGGCAACGUCUUCAAGAACAAGCGCAUCCUCAUGGAGCACAUCCACAAGCUCAAGGCGGAUAAAGCUCGCAAGAAGCUCCUGGCUGACCAGGCUGAAGCUCGUAGGUCCAAGACCAAGGAGGCUCGGAAGCGGCGCGAGGAGCGGCUGCAGGCCAAGAAGGAGGAGAUCAUCAAGACCCUCUCCAAGGAGGAGGAGACCAAGAAGUGACCGCUCCUUGCCUUGCGCACAGAGGAUCCUCCUCCAUCCACCAGCAUCCAAUAAAGCUCCAGAGCCCCGA